GUCCACGUCCACGGGAUGACCCCUCGUUCGGACCUCGGACUUCCUCCUGCGAGAGUAGAGCUGUCAACUCACUACUUGUUAACGAAUACGUGGAGAUCACUAGUCAUUUAAAUAGUCUUUCGUUUUUGUAUACGUUACUUCAAUUCGCACACAUAAAAAAUGAAUAGCUCGACGGACCCAAGGCGACCAGACAAGGAGAUUCGCUACAAGCCACCGAGCUCGAACAGUCAGACGCACAUGCAAGACGACAUGACUCCAGAGUACAUGAACGUGAUAGGAAUGAUUUUCAGCAUGUGCGGCCUGAUGAUGAGGCUAAAGUGGUGCUCCUGGGUAGCGCUUUACUGCUCCUGCAUCAGUUUUGCUAACACCCGGGUGAGCGAAGACGCCAAGCAGAUCCUUAGCUGUUUCAUGCUGUCGAUAUCGGCGGUGGUCAUGUCCUAUCUGCAAAAUCCACAGCCCAUGAUACCGCCGUGGGCGAGCGCCGUGCAAUGAUUUUUUUUUUGUACAAACGUAUAUGUCGCUCUACGCUGCUCACUUUGUUACAACAGACUAUCUUUGUCUGACAUACAAAUGCGAGAAAUUUUGAACAUUUUAAAGUGAAAUACAAAUGUUUCUUGGAACGAACAAUUUACUAUUUAUACUAUACAUAUAGACAGCUUUUCUGUGAUGUACGGUAAUGGAUAAACAGUAAUAAAUUCACUGUAAUAAUAAUUUAUUAUCACUCAGUAUGCAAUAUUGAGUUCGCGUUACAUUGAUAAUCUUCGGAGUCGCUCUAUGGUCACUCAAUAUGCGGAUAAUCAGUUGCAUAUACACUAUAUACAGACUAUACUCUUUCUUUCUCGCCGUUCCCUUCUUAUAAAUAAUUCUAUUAUGUUAAAAUUAAUUGUAUAUUCUGCGAAUACUCCCUAAAGAUACUAUAUAAAUAUUACAAUAAAUAUUACAUUUUCUAAA